AUGUCAUCCCUUGAAUUCACAGGAAAAUUAGCCAUCGUCACUGGCGCUUCAAAGCAGAAUGGCAUUGGCUUUGCGACUGCCUAUGCUUUAGCCAAGGGUGGUGCUGAUAUUGUCCUCCAUUACAAUUCCAACAAAGUCGCAGCCCAUCUCAGUGUUGCUAAGAUCCGGGAGCUUGGGGUCAAGGCCAUCGCCGUUCAGUCUGACGCCGGCUCUCUUAGUUUCGGAGAUGAUAUUGCUCGUGCAGUCGUGGAUGGUUUCCCCGGACGUCAAGUAGACAUCGUCGUCAAUAACGCAGGCCACGCAACUUUUCAGGAAAACACCGAAAAAGUCGUAGUCGAAGAGUUUGACGCCUUGUUCCACCCCAACGUCAGAGGCCCUCACCUCCUGGUGCGAGCUAUUCUUCCCUACCUCGCUUCUCCCGGUGGCCGUAUCGUCAAUGUGGGUAGUGUGGUGGCUCGCACUGGGGCCAAACAGGCUGCGCUCUACUCUUGCACCAAAAGUGCCCUGAAUACCUUGACCCUAGCUUGGGCCGAAGAACUUGGAGAGAAAGGCAUCACUGUUAAUGUCGUCUCACCGGGUCCCAUUGACACUGACUACGCACCCCCGGAGGAUCAUCCCCUGACCCAGAAAUUUCGGGCUCAGCAAUACAUCAAGCGCAACGGAACUGCGGAAGAGGUUGCCAAUGUCAUCUUGUUCGCAGCGAGCGCCGGGGCAAGCUUUGUGUCGGGUCAGUUCCUGGGUGUUGAUGGCGGUCUGAGUUACGUGUAG